AUGUCCCUCACACAUAUAGCAUUAGGUGUUGUAUCUGUAACUUAUAAAAAAUUAGAUUAUAGCUGUACUUUACUCCGAAGUGAUUUUCUCAUCCAGGACAUCAAAGAGGCACAGUGCAAGAUUAUGGAGAAAGUUGCACUUGUAGUAGACAAUGGCAGCAGUUUCUGUCGAUCAGGCUUUGCAGGUGAAGAAAAGCCAAGAAUUGUGAUGAAAACUGCAUCUCUUCCUCCUAUCUAUCAUCCUGUCUGUUCUCUCAAUGAUGAAAAAUUGCAAACUCAGCCACUAAAGCAUGGCAUUAUACUAGAUUGGCAAGCCAUGGAGAACUUAUGGAGCCAUCUCUUUUAUUGUGGGUUGCAAGUUUCCACUGAGGACCAUCCAAUAUUGACAAGUGAUUCCCCUUCCUGUCCGACCACCAACAGAGAGAAGAUGGCAGAGGUAUUUUUUGAAGGGUUUAGUGUCCCAGCUUUGUAUGUGGCCAAUACAGGGUUCCUCUCACUCUGUUACUGUGGUAGAAUUACUGGACUGGCUAUAGAAGCUGGGGCAGGGAUUUCCCAUGUUACUCCAAUAUACUCUGGACAAACAUGUAUGGAAGGUAUCUAUCGAUUGGAUGUGGCUGGAAAUGGUCUCUGCAAAUACAUGCAUAACUUGCUGCUGAACAGCUCGAACAAUCUAUAUCUUCUUAGCACCUUGAACAAAAAGAUGGUAACACAACUUAAGAAAAACUACUGCUAUGUGUCUAUGGAUUACAAAAGGGAUCUCCAAGAGAAAACUUGCCAUGAACCUGUGAGCAUUGAGACCCCUGAUGGGCACUUGUUAACUUUAGACAAAGAACGCUUUUGCUGCCCAGAGCCAUUGUUCAAGCCUCAUCUGCUCAACCAGAGCUCUCCAGGACUUCAUCAUUUGGUCUUCCAAAGUCUGCAGAAGGUUCCAGAUAAGUUCAAAGGAGAAGUCAUUAAUAAUAUUGUGUUGUCAGGAGGUUCUUCAUUGUUUCCUGGUUUUCCAGAGAGGAUGUGCUUGGAAUUGAAUGCUUUAUUCCAUGGUAGAGAGUACUUUAUUAAAAUUCUGGCUUCCCCCAAAAGAGGUACAGCAGUUUGGCUUGGGGGUUCCUUGGCAGCCUCACUCAGCUCUUUCCAAAGCUUGUGGAUGAGAAAACAAGACUAUCAAGAGCAUGGAGCAGCAUAUGUGCACAAGAAAUUUAAGUAG